UUUCGACUGGGGUCCUUUAUGUUGUUCCAGAAAGAUGGCGGCGUCCAUGUUAUGCAGGAGGACGGCUGCUCUAUGUGGCAGUUUUAAGAAAGUUCCAAGUCCUUGCUGUGGGGUUUUGCUACAAACAGCUUCCUACAACCCCAAACCAUUGUGGUUAAACAUCACUAAGCCGUACAUCCCGGAUAGAGACAGUGAAAAGACGCCGGAGUGGCAGAAAACGGCCCAUUACGACGCGAAGCUCUACGGCCGCUACGGUUCAGCGUCGGGCGUUGACCCCACGAAGCUGUGGCCUAGCCAUGGACGGCUGGAGAAAAUCAUCGCAGAAGAGACAGAAUGGCAGCCUACGUUAGAGACGAUGUUGGAGAAUAUACAAUUGAAGGAAAAGGAACUGGCGAAGAAACGGCUUGAAAAAGAAAGAAUCAUAGCAGCAAACAUGGCCAACAUGCCCAAGAUGGUCGCUGACUGGAGGAGAGAAAAGCGUGAAGCCAAAAGGAAGCUGAAGGAGGAGAAGGCUCGUCGUGAUUCGCUGCUUGCUCAGGCCAGAGAGAGGUUUGGUUACGCAGUGGACCCCCGCAGCAUCAAGUUCAAAGAAAUGGUUAAAGAGAUAGAGAAGGAGGAGAAGAAAAAGAAGAAGAUGAUGAAACGCCGGCUGAAGGAGGAGCAGAUGGCCAUCCCUGUUAUACCUCCUGCUGCAACAUCCACCCCUGCCACCUCCUAGUCUCUUACACAAAUAUAAGGGUUGGACUUUGCUCACACACUGAGCUGGACAUGAUCUGGUGAAGACGGACCACCAGUGGACUUUAAAUGUACUGGACUUUGUUUGUCAGUCCUGUUUUUUUGCAUAUUGUAAAAAGACCCAUUCAUUUGUCAAAUAAAUUAAUGCCCCGA